AUGGACCUGGAGCUUGUUUCUCCUGAAGAUGUGACAUGGGAGGAGAUUCCACAGAGUGGGGAAGUUCCCUCAGCCAGAGAAGGACACACUCUUAGUGUUGUCAAAGGGAAGCUGUAUCUGUUUGGAGGAGUGUCCAGUCCUGAAGCCACUGAGUGUCUCCCAGGAGUCUACAGCUUUGAUAUUGUGUCUCUGACUUGGGAGUGCUUAGCAAUCGGGGGUGUGGCCCUCAAAACCCUAAGACACUGCUCUGUUGCCAUGGGAGACAACAUCUACGUGUACGGAGGCAUUUUUGAAGGGAAUCCAAUCGACAAUCUCAUGGUCUUCAACACAGCAUCUCUCACCUGGACGCCGGUAAAAACUAGCGGAUCUCUGCCGCCUGCCCUGUAA